GUGGUUUUUCGAGCACACGUGUUCAGUCGGCCGUCUGCGGAGCAUCAACGACGUGCGCGUUCCUCCCGCAGCCGGAACACGCCACCACGCGCCGGUCAAGUCGUACGGCGGCACGGUCGAGCGCGCGCGCGCGCGCGAAAACGAUCGCUUUACACGCACCCGCGAGAGACUCGCGCCCACGUACAGUCGUUCGCCGCUGUUGUGGUUCGGAUCCCGCGACGACGAAAUCUCCAGUCCCGUUGACGAUCCACGGCCGUUAAACGUUUUUUAAGAAUUUUUUUUUUUUGAAUUUGUCGAACACAACGUAACCCCCUCCCACCGGUCUCGUCCGUACCCUUGCCACGCUAAAACACUCUCCGAUCGCGUUUCAUACCAAACCCGUCGAGUUCGCGGCUCACGACCGUUCGUCUUACGACCUCCCCGAUGGGUUAAGCGCGGCGAAUGACCACUGUCACCGCCGCCGUCAUCGACAUAAUUACGAUCGUUGCCAUCGCGCCAAACACAUGUUAAAGUUAAGUGUUUGUGGUGCCGGCGGCGGAUGCAAGGUCGAAGAGAUGGCGUGGUUUGUACACCGGUAGGGCAAACACGGAGGGGCUGAAAAGCGCCCUGGCCCGGCUUCGGCAGAGGACCUCUGGACAGUCCCAUGAGAACAACACUGCAGAACCCACUCACCAUCAUGCUCACGCAGGUGGUGGUUGGACUCCAGCCGGCGUUGACGUGGUCAGCGGCACGGGCAAACACCGAAUGGCGGUUCUCGUGAGGAAGUCGGCGCCGGGAUCGCCCACGCCGUCGUCGGCUUCCAGUUACGGUACCGCUUCACCCGGAAACGAUCUCAUUGCCAGCGCGUCCAGCGCAUUGCGCCGGUUGCACUUCAAGUCUGCCGGCGCCCAACGCAUGCUCAACCGGUCCAAGACGGUACAACAGCAACAGCACUUGCAGCAACAGACACAGUCGCAGCAAUCGUCGCCGGUGCCCAAGCUCAAGGUGCUCGGGUCCAGCUCGGUGUCCAUCGAAUCGUCGGCUACGGUCAACACCAGCACCGAUUCGUCCGCGGCUACCAUGACCACGGUUACCGACGACACGGAAAACGAGGACAAUUUCGACAACCCGUUCGAACCGAGAAUGCGUAUAAUUCCAAACCUUUUGGACGAAGUGCUCAACGGCACUCAGUCUUCGUCGUCCGCAGAAAAGGACGACGAGUUCUACAGUGCGUCCAGCACCGAGGAACAACCUAGAGAUGACCCAAAGGCCGUUUUCACCGUCCAGGAUACCGCGCCCGAAGAGUAUGAGGAUAGUGGAAUGCCCCUGAUGCAGUACACUACGUUGCCGAGUAGCUUUCAUCAUCAUCACCACAACAACAACAACUACAACAACAACAACGACAACAAAGCGAAUAACAACUACGGGAAAGACGGUGGUGCCGUGGAGGAGAAUACUAUCGCGGAAGUCGAGGACUUCCGACCAGCUGAUAAAGACAGAAAUGCAGACGACGACGCGGACAACACGCUAGAAUGGCGUAACAUCAUGAAGCGGCAAGCUCUGCUCGAGAACCUUCACCGAAACACCAUCAUAGCGAACAAAAGAUUAAAACUGCUUUCGAGAAGAUAUGCUAAAAGUCGAUUCGAAGAAGAUAGGACUCGAACAGAAAUAGGUCGAAACUCGUCAGGUUUUGCCGCUGAACAGAUGACCAUUGACAGUGAAGAUUCUUUUCAAGUAGACAAUGGAUCACCACCAAUUCCUUCGUCGCCAACUGGUGUUCCUGGAUCACCUACUUGCGAUGAUGAAUCUUCACCUACAAAGUCAAAACAACAUUUUACGUUUCCCACAGUCAACGAAACAGAUGAACCUAACGAAACAACUAAAAGGAGACCGUCGACGGUUUACAGCCGGACGCCAAACUGGAACAACAAGGAGCGGAAGGGUUCUGCGGUGCUGCUGGACGCGUUGGUCAUCAACAAGAGCCAAUCGGCAGCGGUGGUCAUGUCGGAUACGGGACAAGUGGCCACAAUCGUCGUUCAACAGCCAUCGCUCUCUGCCAACUCGCCCGAACAGGGGCACGAAGGAUGCCAGACAGCGCCCGUCGAACUUCCGAUCGAUUUCAAUCGGUGGCCUGACUUCGCCAACAGCAUAAGUUCGCAACAAUAUCACGACUUUCAGAUGAAGUAUGGAAGUCCUCAUCACAGUCGGUCACAAAGUGUUCGAACACCUGGAAGUAAAAGUACAGUACAAUUGCAAUUGGGACCCAAUGGCAUACCCAAAAACCGUUCAAACCAACUAACCUUGCCACAACAAAGGUCUAGAGUUGCUAGUAUGCCAAAUACUGGUGUUGAAGAAGAAUAUUAUCGAAUCCGUCAGUUUUCAAUCUCUGGUAAAGGAAUUAUCAACCGAGGGGAUUCACUAAAAAGUCGAAGAUCAAAAUCUAACAACAGUGUUGCAUCCAGUAAUUCCAGCACCGAACACUUGACGACUUCCAACUACACGGUAAUCGGCGUUGGCUGUGGCGGUGCUGGUGGCGGCGGCGGCUCCUACCCCGGAUCGGCGAGAACCAGUGCCGGCACAUCGUUGGCCUCUUCCAGAGAGUCCAGUUGCGCCAGUUGUCCAGGCAUCACCCAACCGUUUCGCAUAGCCAUGUUGGGAGCCACGGGCGUUGGCAAGACGUCGCUGGUGUGUCAGUUCAUGACAUCUGAAUCGCUGCAUAUUUACGACGCUUCCAUAGACGAAGAUGGAGAAAAGUCAGUUUCUGUAUUAUUAGAUGGAGAAGAGUCCGAGUUAAUUUUUUUAGAUAAAUCUAAUGCGCCAGCCGAUUGUAAUGACGUCUUUGAGGAGUCUCCACAUGCCUAUUGUAUUAUCUACUCGAGAAACGAUUGGGACAGCUUCAAACAAGCCGAAGAAUGGUUACAAGCUUUAUGGAAAGCAGAUGUAGUCAGAAAUAAAGCUGUGAUAUUAGUUGGUAACAAAAACGAUAUCGUGAGACCAAACGUCGUACCAUCAGGAGUUGGCAAACAAAUGGCAACUCGAUAUGACUGCAAAUUUAUCGAGACAUCGGUGAUCAUUAACUACAACGUAGAUGAAUUACUGGUAGGCAUACUGACGCAGAUACGAUUGAAGUUGGACCAACCACCGGAACAUACACACCACGCUCGGUCUUCGUCGAUGCGCAAACGCUCCAAGUCGCCUUUGGGAAACUGCGGCCCAACGUUCAAAAAAUACAGAGGAUCCCGAACGUCUACCAGCCUCCGGGUAAAGGGACUGUUAAGCAAAGUGUGGGCCAGAGAUUCCAAGUCAAAGUCGUGUGAAAACCUACAUGUGCUCUAAUGACGAAUUCGGAAAAGAAAAAAACUUUUUAUUAUUUAGUUGCAUUUUGUAUUUUUCAUACUAUAUACUGUUUCGCAGAAAAAAAAAAAGAUGUCCGUUAAGAAAUAUCCACUACAAUCACGAAAAGCGAUCAAAUCCCUGUAUAAGCGUAUAGCGUAUAUAGGUAUAAUGUACCUAUAGCCGUUUCAUACGUUAUUUUUUAUAAUUUUCUAUUGCUAUUUUUUUUCCUUAUAUUAUUAGCAUGUGCAGCCUGGCUGAAAAAAUUCAAAAAAAAUCCUUACUCAUCACCAUUUCUAUUUUUUGGAUUUACGUUUAUGGUAAUAACAUUUGAUCAAAAAACACGAUCUAAGUUCAGAUCUUAAAGUUUAAGUCGUGUAUUAUUUUAAUCAGCUACUUUCCAGAUACGACUACAGAAAGUAAACUCAACUCUAAUGUUCAUACAGUACUCGUUGAUAAGUUCACAAGACGUCAUAAACGUGCGUUUGUGUAAAUAUAGUUAGUUAGAUGACAUUUUUCAGAAGUAAGCCUCGUUUUGUCUUUUCGUAGGCAAUUUAUUUUUGAGCGAAAAACUCUGAAAAUGAUUCUGAUUUUAAUCGAUACUAAAUAAUUAUAAGAUUAGUUAAAAUAUAGGUAUAAGUCGUAGAAAUAACGUCAAUCCAAGUACAACUGCUACGAUGACAUGCCUGAAGUUUAUAAAUUAUCAUUUGAUGAUAACAUGUCAGCGCUCGAAUAGGUAGUAGUUUUCUUGGAUACAUAAUAUUAAUAUUAAUUUAAUACUAUAAUCAUCUAAUUUUAAAUGGGUUUUGAAUUAUUAUUUCGUUUUUAAACGUUUCGCGUUUUUUUAUUUGUUGUUUUUUCAGUCAUUAUUCUGACGAUAAUGAUGAUGGUUUUAAGGGACCAUUACUGUCAUUAUUAUUACGAUCGCGUUCGUAACACAUCCAUUUUAUAUUUUAUAAAAUGUUGUUCAAACGUGUAUUUUGUAUUGCCAGCAGAAUCAGGGACCACGUAAUAUUAUUAGUUAGUAGUUGUACACAAAUAAACGUUUUAUUACGUAUUGUGUAUAAAUUAAUUUGCAAAUUAAUGUAGUUUUUUGUAACUAUAAUAAUAUAUAUCUGUUCUAUUGUUUUCAAACUUACCGGACGUUUUUCACGAGUUUUCACGUUUGCUUGAGUACGUUCAUUUCUCUCAUAUAUUUCCCAACGUCGUUUUCUUUGGUCUUUUUCAUCACGCAACAUUACGAAAAAUUGUCGGCACGUGCAAAAAAAAAAUAUUAUAUAUUAAAAUGAAAAUAAUUUUUAAUGUUUGAAGUGGUUUGGAAAAUCUUUUGCCUUUGAAUCUAAAAUUUAAAAAAGAAUUAAAAGCGAGUCUUAAAAAGUUGUGUCUCGUUUUUCUUUAAACACAUAAUUCAUUUAAAGUUACCGAAAGCUAUCAACUAUAUAAACAUGAAUAGGGCAUAUUUUCCCAGUAAUAAAUACUGAAAAAGUCAGUAAGUAUCUAUAAAUAGAACCUGUUUUUUUUUUUUUUUUAAUAUUUAAUGAACCGCAAAAAAAUAUAACUUGAUAAUAUACAUGACAAAUACAGCAGUAGAUAUUAUUAUACAUUUGUAUGUUUAUUUUAAAAAUAUUUUAAUUAUGGAUGAUUAAUUUUGAAGGGCUAUUCGAUAAGGGUGAAAAUCUACAAAAACUAUUUCAAAUAAAUAAUUUACAGUUUAAAUGUAUCGUAUAUUCUGCAGGUGGCCACAAUUCGUAAGAAAAUCAAUCCAAAACCCCAACUUGGCAUGUACUUAAGCUUACGUGGUUUUCCCAUAUUAUGCACUAUCCUUUGACUCGUGUUCCCUAACACACGGUAAUGGUACACAUCACUAUAAAGGCUAAGUGCAAUAUACCCAUGUAUAAUACACACAGUGAACUAACACUAAAAUAUUAUAAUCGAUAAAUGAUUCUAUGAUCAGUAGUCACUCCUCAAUAAUUCGUGUUUGACCUAAAUUAUAUUUUAAGCACUUACCGUCUUAUUCAACGACAUAAUUGGUCAAGUUUAUAUUCAGUUUCGGUAAUAUAAAUUUCCUAGAGCCUAGUAUAAACUGGCCAACGAAAACAAAUUUAGUUUAUUUAUAUGUGUAUAUUACCUACUAAUAUGCGUAGAAACUAUUAUAUUAUUCAAAGGGUAUGUUUUACGUACUUUUAUUUAUAGAAUUUUCUUUUAAUACCAUAAGGCUAAUAUAUAGGUAUAUUGAAUAAUAUAUAGAUACAUAACACCUAUAUAAUAAUAGCAUAUUAGCUUAAUCAAUUAGUUAUUGUUUGUAUAAUUCAUAUUGUUUUUUCUUAUUCAUACGUUCCUACAUGCACACGGAAAACAAUACAACGGAUAUAUUAUACUUGUAUAUGUACCUAUCUCAAAUCUUCCAAAAGCUGAUUCUUCUGUAAUUUUUUUCAAUCAUAUCAUUAUCAUAAUAUAUUAUGUACACAUAUCCAAACGUUGUGUAUAUCUACGAUGUGUUUUGUAUUUAUACUACAUGUUUUAAGUUUGUUUCUUUCACAUUCUCCACCAAUCUGGAACACAUUUUUAGAACUUAUGCUAUUCGACGAUCUAUCGGUUUGUUACUGUUUUGUUUAUUUAGUGAUUUUUAUAUUGAUGAACACGACAUGGUCGUUCAUACAGUUCGGAGUAUCGGGUAUCAAGUAGAUUUAGACGCAUAUGAAUUGCAAAUAGCUUUAUAUAUUUUUUUUCCUCGUAUAUUAUUAUAAUAAUUAUAAUUAUAAAUGUGUUAAUUUAUGAUAUUUAUAUCAAUAAUAAUCACAUUGGUUUAAGUAUUAUAAUAUAAUAUUAAUAAUAAUAUUAAAUUGUACGUCAAUCGAUGUUGUUAAAAAAAAAAAAAUUAUAAUAAUAAUAAUUGUGCGUAGAUUGUAAAAUUUUUAUUAACUAUUCAAAUUUUGAAUAAGGGUGAUAAUAUUUUUGUUUUUUCUCUAUAUUGUACGCAUUUACUUAGUAAAAGAUUUAAUACACAUUCAAAAAUGUCAUAGCUUAUUGUUACUAAGGUUGUAUUAAGAUUGUAUAAUUUUUAACUUUCUCGUAAAAUAUACGAGUAACAAAAUUUAAAAUAAAUUUACUUGUGGAUUAGCUUUAGAGUAAAUAUCUAUAAUUGUAAAAAAAAAAUCAUACAUCUAAGUCAAAGGUCAGAAGUAAUUCACUUUAAAAUUAAAAUACGUCUACUUUCAUACACUUAACAAAAAAUAUUUUAUUCUUCCAUAACUCCAUAUUUUAAUUUUUCAAAAAUGUCAUUUUUUAUACAGUUUUUAAAUUUUACGAUAAUAUCUAUAUAAUAAUCCCUAUUCACACAUUCUGACUUAUUGACAUAAUGACCAGACAACUGGUCAUAAAAGUAAUAUACUGUUUGUAUAUUAAAAUUAACUCAAAGUAUUUAUCAAAUUAACUACGAUACAAUUAUAGGGAAUUUGUGGUUUAACAUUAAUUAUUAAUUUAUUGUUACUGAAGUAUCGCCCACUUGUUUCAUUAUAAUAUACCAUUAAUUUGCACAAAUCGUAUUUAUUGUUGUUGCUUCUGACCUUCCCAUAAUUAUUUAUCUAGAAAUAAGAUGUGUUGAUACAAAUAUACGAUAACUAAAUAAUAAGUAUUAAGUUGUAUUAUUACCUUAGAAAACAAAAUUAUAUACACGAUCAAUUAAGUUUCCAAGUGUUUUGAUUUUAAUUUUCCAAAUGUAUAAUGCAAAAUUGGUAAAAUAUUUUAUUACACUAAGGUGGCUAACAGUUUUGUAAUUUCUAUUUAAUAAUUAUUUAUAAUAAACUAUAUUGAGAUGAUUUUAA